GGCACCCGAGCGUCCGCUUUUCAGCGCUCAAAUCCCGGUUUGAAUUCAGUGCAUAGCUUCCGAAGCAGAAAGGGAGGGAGGGAGAGAGAGAGAGGAUUUAGCCUUCGUGUCAAUGUCGCCGCCGGGAACGGAAGGCUUCUUCGUUCUUCAUUCGGAGGGCGCCGGCUUGGCAGAUAAACCUAAAGUAGAGAAAACAGCAAAAGGGUCUUUGGGAGGUGAGGCUAGGAAGAAGCUCGGUGAUAUAAGCAACUUGCCCCAGCAACUUAGACUGUCAAACCAAUAUGAGAAGGGACAGUCUGUUUCAAAUUCGACUAAAGAGUACAUUGACCAGCUCCAACAGGAAAAUAUGAUGCUGAUGAAGCUCUUAACUGAUAGAAAUAAAAUCAUUGAAUUGAGUGGAAUUGAGCUACAGAAACUAAGGAUCAAUUUGCAGAAAUUUCAACAACAGAAUUUGCAACUAGCUCAAGCAAAUACACAGAUGCUAGCAGAACUUAAUUCUGGUAAAGAUAAGCUAAAAGCACUACAACACGAGCUUGGUUGCAAAAAUAGUCUGCUCAAAGUGAAAAAAGUGGAACAAACGGGGAAAGCAAAAAAUAAAAUAUGUCAGAAUAUUGAGAAUCAGGUGGAAGCUAGCAAGUCUGAGGAGCAGAGGCAAUGCUCAGAAGCAGAUAGAGCUCUUAAUAAACACUCUAAAACCAACAGGAAGCAGCGAUCAAAGAGUUUGGGCCCUUCUACUCUUAAAGAAGUUCAGUUGAAGGAGAAAACUGAAAGCAAAAGGGUUUGUUUGAGAAGACAGUCUGCCAGAUUUAAACAUGAAGAAUCAGAGCCUACGGAGGAUGUUGUUGAGAAAGAUACCAAAUUUCCUGCGAGUUCUUUGCAUGAAGAUCAAAUGCAGGAAGAGGGUUCAACUUCCACUGCUUCAUCGGCAAAAAGAGAUGGUGAAGGCAGUGGUCGUGGUCCAAGCGAUGACGAGGCUCAGGAAUUUCUAAGGCCAUCUAUGGGAAGACCCUCGCGUCUAGCAGCCAAAAAGGUUCAGUCCUACAAGGAGAUUCCUCUUAAUGUGAAAAUGAGAAGAUCUGAGUAAAAAUCUUGUCUAGACCAAGCCUUCUGUAUUCUGAAGAAAGGAGCAAAAAAAUUGUAACCAAAAGCUCUUUAAACUGUUUUGUACCUAGUAGUUCUUGUUGGUCUCUAAAUGAUACACCUUUUGUAGAAUUGAACCUAAAGUAUUCAGACUUUAUCAUCUCUGGAUGAUUACUGUUAAAUAGCAAUUAGGUUUGUACCCCUCAAGUUUGGUCGAACUGUGUGUCUGUUUGUGAAGCCAUAUUGGGAAUUCAAUUACCUAAUUAACUGCUUGAAAACCAGGAUAAUGGUUUCUUCUCAACUAGGCAUCCAGGAGGAGGAUCUCCUUCCCAUGGUUGGUGUAUUAUUACUUGUGUUCCAUACAUUUAUUCAAUGUACAUCCCAAGACUGAGUGAGGAGUAGUACUUAUGGCUUUAUUGGUUUAAGCAGUUUGGUCUAAAUUGUGGAGUACUGGAGGUGUUAUGUAUGGCCUUCUAGAGCACGUAGGAGUUAAUAGCUGUAAUUAUUGACAUUUUUAAUUAUCUUUUGUUUAUUGAGGGUAGAUUAAAGUUGUUCUUUCUUGAUUUCUGAUGUUAUGAAGUUGAAAGUGGUCUUUGU